AUGGAGUAUCCCGAUCAAGCACGUGGUUUUCCCAGGUACCGUCCACCAGGGCAGACAACCGAAGUGUUCUACGUGCCACUGGCUGUAAGGACGCCACGUCACAGAGCGUCAUGUCCGUCGGAAUGGAAAGCCGAAAAUGAUGCCCUCACACUGUACGAAGAAAUGAAACCUGUUAUGAUUGUACUCAGAGUACUUGGAGUCUUGCCCUACGGCGUGACUUCAACAGGUGACGUGUACUUCAAAUGGCUCUCUGUAGCCAUGUUUUAUUCAUUUGUACUCAUCAGCACGGUUACCGCACUCGUUGGAUUCAAUCUGGUAGAGAGAAUCAAUAUGGACUCGACUACCGUUUAUACUUUUGCAGACAAAACAAUUGAAUAUGCAGGAAGACUGUUCAUCUCGUCCGUAUUUAUUAUACCGAUAUGCCACUGGCUGGAGACAGGCAAGAAAAUAAAGUUCCUCAAUACGUGGACACAGCUGCAGGCGGAAUACAGGCUCAUGUCAGGGAGGCAACUGCGUCUUGGUGUACGGGGGAAAGUUAUUUUGAUUCUUCCUAUCAGUGCUGUGCUGGUAGCGGCUUUAACCAUGAUGGCGUAUCAGAGGGGCUUUGUCGCACAAUGGUGGCACAUCAUCGGCAUUGCAUUUGCGUCCUCUAUGUCCGUUAUUCUGCCUUUUAUCUGGGUGAUCACUUGCUCCGUAAUCAUCAAAGUUGCUACUGCUCUAGCAGAUGACAUGGAACAACACUUCUCGUCACGAGGCUCCGCGAGGGGCAUCAAGAUCUCCACUUACAGGACUUUCUGGUUGCACCUGCGCCAGCUCACGCAAGAUCUUGGCAACGCCACUGGCUUCACUUACGGCAGCCAUACUCUCCUCUUCUGCACAAUCAGUGUUCUUGUCACUUACGGCUUUAUAGUCGAAUUGAAGGACAAUUUCAACUUUGUUUUCUUUGCCGCAUCUCUGCUCUUUCAAGCUAUCAUUUAUUCUGAGUGUGACUGCGCGCAGAACGCAGCUAACCAGGUAGGCGCCAAAUUUUCGGAACGCCUUCAAGCUAUAACGAAUAACAUGCCAGUCACAUGCUGUGAGGGAGUACACGAGGUGGGUAACGAAAGCUCAUACAGCGAGAUUUACUUUGUACUGUUCGUAGCCACAGCAGUUAGAGCCUCAACUCACGCAAGCAAUUCUGUGUUCCAGAUGAGAAAUUUCUUGGCACUAGUUCGAAGGAACCCCCCAGUAAUAAGUUACUGUGGAUUUGUGAACGUCAACAGAGCAUUAAUGACGUCCUACUUUUCAACCACAUUGACGUACCUGGCAGUCCUAAUGCAGUUCCAGGUGAGUCAGAGGUCUCCAGAAGAGAAAAGAUAUUGCGCCUAGCACUUCCAUCCUCAACGCUGUUAAAAUACAAAAGAUCCUCCUUGUAACGCGGAUGUCACGAGACAGCUGAAGUGCCCACUUCACGAGCUACUGGCGAGAUAAAUGAAAUUUACUGGUACAUUUACCUGAUAACAGGUUCCCUGUUAUUAUGCAGUGGCUAACAUACUUUAUACCUGAAAUUUUAUGUACAUUUCAGAUUGUGGCUGAGGUGCUCGUUAAAUAUGAAAGGGAAAUUUAUCCCUCUUCGCUGCUUGGAAACCGGGAUCGUGGGUUCGA